AUGGACGAGGAUCAACUUCUUGACUACGAAGACGAGCAGGAGGAUAUCCAAGACAAACCGGAAGUUGCCGCCGGAGAUGCCAAAAAAACUAAGGGAACUUAUGCGUCCAUCCACAGCAGCGGUUUCCGCGACUUCCUUUUGAAGCCGGAGAUUCUUCGCGCUAUUGGAGAUUGUGGAUUUGAGCAUCCAUCGGAAGUUCAACACGAGUGCAUUCCGCAGGCCAUUCUCGGCAUGGACGUUGUUUGUCAGGCAAAGUCUGGAAUGGGUAAGACCGCGGUCUUCGUGAUCGCUACUUUGCAACAACUGGAGCCGGUUGAUGGAGACAUCUCUGUUGUCUGCAUGUGCCAUACUCGCGAAUUGGCGUUCCAAAUCUCCAAAGAAUACGAACGAUUCAGUAAAUACCUUCCUGGUAUCAAGGUUGCUGUAUUCUUUGGUGGAAUGCCAAUCAAGAAGGAUGAGGAGCGUCUGGCCAAUGAUUGCCCCCAUAUUGUUGUAGGAACUCCUGGCCGUAUGCUCGCUCUCGCGAGGUCUGGCAAGAUGAAACUCGACAAGGUCAAAUAUUUUGUUCUUGACGAAUGCGACAAGAUGAUUGGAGAUGCCGAUAUGCGCAGGGAUGUUCAAGAAAUUGUGAAACUCACGCCUCAAGAGAAGCAAGUUAUGAUGUUCUCCGCCACUCUGCCGAAGGAGCUUCGAAUUGUGUGCAAAAAAUUCAUGCAAGAUCCAAUGGAAGUUUAUGUUGAUGACGAGGCGAAACUCACACUUCACGGACUUCAACAACACUACGUCAAGCUUAAGGAGGCUGAGAAGACCCGCAAACUUUUGGAGUUGCUUGACGCUUUGGAGUUCAACCAGGUCGUCAUUUUUGUGAAGGCUGUGAGAAGAUGCGAGGCUCUUCAUCAGCUUCUCACCGAGCAGAACUUCCCAUCGAUUGCUAUUCAUCGUCAAAUGCCACAGGAGGAGCGUUUGUCGAGAUACCAAGCAUUCAAGGAUUUCCAGAAGCGAAUUCUUGUCGCCACCGACUUGUUCGGACGUGGAAUGGAUAUUGAGCGUGUGAAUAUUGUCUUCAAUUACGACAUGCCGGAGGAUUCUGACUCUUACUUGCACAGAGUUGCUCGCGCUGGACGCUUCGGAACCAAGGGAUUGGCUAUCACGUUCGUUUCGGACGAGAGCGAUGCCAAGACGCUAAACAGCGUUCAAGAUCGCUUCGAUAUCAGCAUCACCGAGCUUCCAGAGAAGAUUGAUGUCUCAACUUACAUCGAAGGAAGAACCAAUUAA